UCCAGCCAACGCGCAGGAAUUCGCCACAGACUGUCCAUCACCCAACGGAUUCUUCGCCGAUUCUCUUCAGUGCGACAAGUAUUACGAGUGUAUUGAUAAUGUGCUCACGGAGAAACUGUGUCCUGACGGGAUGGCCUUCAACGACAUAAACCCCACUGUGGAGAAGUGUGACCUCCUGAGCAUGGUGGACUGUGCCGAGCGACCCGACCUGCAAAUACCUCAGCCGACGGAGUUCUGCGAUCGACAGAAUGGUAACUUUGCUCCGAAAGACGCCGUGAACUGCCAGGACGCGUACCGCUGUGUGAAUGGGGAAGGUACUCUCAUUUCUUGUCCGGUGGGCCUCGCCUUCUCUCUGGCGAAUGGCAUCUGUGACUGGCCCGACCAAUCUGACAGGACCGAUUGCAAUGUUCAGAAUAAAAACAACUUCACCUGUCCUAAGGUGAGCCAUGAGGUAGCAGUGAGUCACCCUCGCUUCGCUGACCCCCAUGAUUGUCAGUAUUUCUACGUGUGCAUCAACGGCCAAACCCCCCGCAGGAACGGCUGUGCUUUUGGUCAAGUCUUCAACACGAAAACCACCACCUGUGAAUCGCCUAAGGAUGUACCUGAGUGCGCUGAUUACUACAAGGAGUACUUCGACGAUUAUUUCGCUAACCUAGCGAGAGACCCGGGCAAUAUUAAAGGAGACAUCAUCGCCGCUGCUAUUGCCUCUGGCUACGACGUCCCUAAGUUCAGGGAUCGGGUCCGUAUCCAGUCGGAAUCGAAACCACCGACCCGAAGAGGAAGUGCCGCCGCUACUACGUUUCUUACACCGAGUCGAACAUCUAUCGACACCCCUGUUAGCAAGCCUGACAGAAGAGAGCCUAUACGACGUGGGCCAGGUGGCGGUAUCCGUCGCAGAAAGAAGCAAACGACGACCACCUCCACUACCACACUUCCUCCCGAUGACUACUACUACUACUACGAGGAAGAGUAUCCUGCGGGAUCCGAAAUUUCAUCACCAGAUGUAAUUGACCCGAUCCCUGCUGAAACGGCUGCCUCACCAAUAGACGGAGACGCUCUUUCAUUUGGUUUCACCGCUUCAGAUUCCGCCCCAUCACAACCGUCAUCAGCAACGAGGACCAAUGUACCGACCAGGCGCCCAUUUGGGAGCCUUGGCAACUAAAUUAGAAGGAGUGACAUGUUUGGGUCCGUAUACUUCCCGUUGUGCUACCUGGCCAGCCUUCAAGUACCUGUGUUGUGUGUUUGCGUCACGGCAAAUCUUGGAAAAGUCUGGUCAUCACUAAAAUCACAACAGAUAUAUUGUUAUGUCAUCAGUUUACAACACAGGUAAAACAAACUGGCUGGUUGUUUAUGUACUUCAUAAGGAGUGAUGAACCAAAGGUACCAUAUUAAGGAAAGUCACUUUCCUAUCAAGAUGUAAAGGAAAUUGACUUCUAAAACGUCGUACCUUUGAACCAUAUUAGGUAUGUAUAUUAUGUGUACAGUGAUAUAAUCUGGGAAUUUGUGUAUCCUAGAGGGAAAGAACUGUGUACUGUACCAACAAUGAUGAAAUUAAAUGAAUUUUUGGGGUAUAAGAGAAUGUGAUAAGGAAGUAGGGUUAGUAAGUCAGUGAUACCGAGAGAUUUUUAUAUUCAAUUUCUCCAUUAACUUUGCUUUUGUUGAAAAAUGUACAGUUAUGGACACAAUUCUCUCGACAAUUUUGGCAGCAUUCACUUUAGGGCCAUUUACUGUGGAUACUGGGUCUGGGGCUUUGACAUAUUUUUGUCACUUUUGUUUUUGUAAUACACAAAAGUUAUUCUAAUUUACUUUAUGAUAAAAAAACGUUUCCUGCUCUAAACCAAGUGUACAGAUAAUCCACAAGUUGAUAUGUCAGAUAUUGUUAAAUGUCCAUGGAAUUAUUGCAACAGCUGUACUCAUUGGAAGUUUAUUGUAUGAAGUAGCAUAUUGAUGGUGAAUUAAGUUACUUGUUUUAGUUUGUGGUAUCAUCUAUAACCUAUAUAUAUAUAUAUAUAUAUAUAUAUAUAUAUAUAUAUAUAUAUAUAUAUAUAUAUAUAUAUAUAUAUAUAUAUAUAUAUAUAUAUAUAUAUAUAUAUAUAUAUAUAUAUAACAGUCCAUGCACACACGGACUUCCAUAUACAAGCAAUACUAAAUAAACUGUAUCAUUACGAGAAAUUAGAAAUUUACGGAUUUUCAAUAUAUAUUGUUAAUGCCA